AUGUCCAACAAUAUAGUGCCGAUUGGUGAAAACAGAUCUCAGAAACCCUCAAAUAGUGCUUUUAAGCAACAAAAGCUCUCUGCAUGGCAACCGAUACUUACGGCGGGAACGGUGCUGCCCACAUUCUUCCUCAUCGGUGUUGCCUUUAUUCCCGUUGGAAUUGGAUUGUUGAUCUCCUCGUAUCAGGUGAAAGAACAUGAAGUCGACUACACGUCAUGUGAAAAGUACGAUGAAAACAGUACUCAAACGGUGCUUUGCUCAGAGUUUAUCGAGAGGAAUCCAAACAGUGACUGCAAAUGUGUCAUUAACUUUACCCUGCCGAAUGAUAUAAAGAGGGAUGUUUUUAUCUACUAUGGACUUCUCAACUUUUACCAAAAUCAUCGACGUUACGUGAAAUCCAGAUCAGACAAUCAACUAAUAGGCAAUGUAUUCAAUGAGCGCAACUGUGAGCCCUUUCAGAAGCGACUAGAUCCGACUGAUAAUCAGAUGAAGACAAUCAUGCCAUGUGGAGCAAUCGCAAACAGCAUCUUCAAUGAUACGUUCCUUUUGAAACUGUUAGCAAAGAAAGAAAAUGAAAAUCGCUGGUUUGAGGUACCCUUCGAGAAGACGGGCAUUGCAUGGGCAACUGACAAGAAAAACAAGUUCCGCAAUCCUUCCCUCAGCCCCGGCCAGUCUUUGGCGCAAGCAUUCAACAACACCGUACAGCCGGCCAACUGGCACAAGCCUAUCUACGAGCUUGACACCGGUGAACCGAAAAACAAUGGCCUUCAGAAUGAGGGCCUUAUUGUUUGGAUGAGGACGGCGGCAUUUCCCACCUUUCGAAAGGUGCUGGCACGCAUUGCACACGACAAGCGCGACAGCUUUGACGUUGACUACCAGAAUGGCCUACCAAAGGGAUUCUAUCAGCUUACCAUUGAUUACAGAUUUCCUGUUGCGGCAUUUAAAGGCAAGAAGCGGUUCAUCAUUUCGAACACUUCUUGGCUUGGUGGGAGGAAUCCCUUUAUCGGUGCGGUCUACAUUUUUGUGGGAAUAUCAUCGCUUAUUCUGUCGGCAGUAUUUCUUAUCAUCCAUCGAAAGUUUAAUAAAAAUGCGGAUGCUGACGCCGGCUACGGUGCCGGUGAUGCUACUGCACUCAUUGUGCCAUCCGCAUUGUCAUCGUUCAAUUGCUAUGCACAACAACUGCCAACUGCGACCACGACCAGCACAGCCGUUGCAACAGCGGAAUGCUCCUGA